UGUGAUGAUGUGUCGUUCAUGCCAUGACAUUUGUUGCCUACCUGUGCGUGGUUAUAUUUUAGUACUUGAUUACUAGGAUUAUGUGCUUUACUAAGCUCUAUGAUCGCGCGAAACUAGAGAUCCCGACAUUUCAUUCAGAAUCAGUAUUCAGUAAGUUCCUACGUGUGUGACACUGAUAGUGAUACGUCAUGGUCGGUGGGAUAAUUUUCCAUUUUUCAACCGGAACCGCAAUGUCUACAGCCGUCAAUCUCCUUGUGCUGAUUCUACUGUUUAUCGGUCAGAUUGCGGGACACAAUCGCGACAUUUUAUCAAUGCAGCCAUCUGCAGAAGGCAUACAUGUAGCAAAAUCUACAACUGGGUAUAUUUUAAUAUCUACAUUGGAUGGUGGGUUAACUGCAAUGAAUCAAGCCAAUGGUGAUAUAAAGUGGUAUUUAAAGGAAGAUCCAGUGUUGAAGGUACCAAAUGAUGUAGGCCAAGGCCUAUCGUUCCUGCCGGAUCCCAAGGACGGAUCUCUGUAUGCGUUCGGCGGACACCUUGGAGGGCUCAAGAAGCUGCCGUUCACCAUUCCCGAACUCGUCGCUGCCUCCCCAUGCAGGAGCACUGACGGAAUUCUCUACACAGGUCGUAAGCAAGACACGUGGUUUGUGCUGGAUGCGCUGACAGGGUCGAAGCAGCAGACACUGGGAAUGGGCAGUCCUGAGAGAGUCUGUCCUGUAGACAGUGAGAAAACCCUGUACGUUGGUAGAACAGAAUAUACUGUGGUGAUGUUCGAUAAGAGUGGAGAGAGAAGGUGGAAUGCAACCUACUAUGAAUACGCAGCCCAUGUCGGGCAAGAAGACACUGACUAUGGUGUGUAUCAUUUCACCUCCAGCUCUACGGGGGUCAUGGUGACCAUCGACAAAGACUCGGGGAAGGUUCUGUGGAAGUACCGCUUCGGGUCGCCCGUUGUCGCCAUCUACGUGCAGAAGGCAGAUGCUCUCACCAAGGUGCCUUUCACCUGCAUCGGCAUUGAGACCCUCAACUACCUCACCGCGACGCUCACGACGCCCGAGUGGAUGAUGCGCUUUCUACCGAGUGGUGGCACCACCACGCUGCAUCCGACGCUGUACAUAGGAGAGUACGAACAUGGAAUGUACGCACUGGAUUCUCUCGUGGAUGAGUCGUCGGUGGCGAUCGCGCCGAAGCAUAGUCCACUGCUCAUCGAGGGCCCUAACACCGACCAGUCACCCACCGGCCUGGGAGACAAGUCGAGCGGAUCGAGUGCUGACAGCAAUGAGAGAUUACAUCUCGUCAUGCUGGGUUACCACGAGGUGCCAGAUGAUUCGCGCUACAAGCUGAAUCCGGCGCGCCCUCGCAUCACACAGCGACCCGACGAAGGCAAGGUCAUCACGCCACUCAUUCCCAAUGCGACGGAGCACGAGACCGAUGGAGGAGUAGGAGGCGGGGAACCCACGAAAGUUACGAAAGGAAACACACUGGCAGCUGACUCGCCCCCAGGUGUCGCCACAUACUAUUUUACUGACAAAGCGGUGUUUGCGUUCUUAAUUGUUGUGGUCACCACCAGCCUCUCGGUCGUGCUGCUGUACAUGAUACCAAAUAUUGUGAGACACGAAAUUGGGAAGUCAGUAUCGAGAGAUAACAGCUAUGCUCAACACUCCGCUCAGACAUCUACUCUCCCAUCUGCGGUUGGCUCUACAACGGCACUGGAGAAGCUGCCUCUUGGCUGGAUGAGAGUUGGGAAACUGAUGUUUAAUACUCAGGAGCCACUAGGCCAUGGUUGCGAGGGAACAUUUGUCUACAGGGGCAAGUUUGAGAACAGGGCGGUGGCCGUAAAGCGCCUGCUACCAGAAUGCUUCAGCUUAGCUGACCGGGAGGUGGAACUGCUGCGGGAGUCUGACGAACAUGCCAAUGUCGUACGCUACUUCUGCAUGGAAGAGGACACGCAAUUUCGUUACAUUGCAUUGGAGCUGUGCAUGGGAACGGUGGAGGACUAUGUAAAGAAGUCUGACUUCCCGAGAGAUAAACUCAACCCCAUCAUGCUCCUCUAUCAGGCUGCCUCGGGCAUUGCUCACCUACACUCUCUACAAAUAGUUCACAGGGACAUCAAGCCGAGCAACAUCCUCAUGUCGCUGCCGAACAACCAAGGCCACAUCAAGGCGCUCAUCUCGGACUUUGGCCUCUGCAAGAAGCUCGCCGUCGGCCGAAUGUCGUUCUCACGGCGGUCGGGCUCUGCGGGCACGACCGGCUGGAUCGCGCCGGAGAUGAUGCACGACCACAUGCGCACCACCUGCGCCGUCGACAUCUUCUCCUUUGGCUGUGUGGUGUACUACGUACUCUCGCGCGGAAUGCAUCCGUUUGGUGACGCUCUGAGAAGGCAGGCAAACAUAGAGGCGGGACACCAUCACCUCAAAUACCUCGACGGCGACGAUCACGAUGUUGCCAGAGUACUGGUAAUGUCAUUGAUAGCGAGGCGACCAGAGGUCAGGCUCAACUCACAGGCAGUUCUGAAGCAUCCCUUCUACUGGAGUAGAGAGAAGCAGCUGGCCUUUUUCCAGGAUGUGAGUGACAGAAUAGAGAAAGAGCCGUAUGAUAGUGAGAUAGUCGUGCGACUGGAACGAGGUGCUUGUUUCAUCGUUAAGAAAGACUGGAAAACCCAUAUCAGCUUCCCUCUGCAAAAUGAUCUGAAGAAAUACCGUUCAUACAAAGGUACAUCUGUGAGGGAUUUGCUACGAGCAAUGCGCAAUAAGAAGCACCACUACCGGGAGCUCGCGCCGGAGGUGCAGGAGACGCUCGGCAGCGUGCCCGACCACUUUGUGCACUACUUUACGUCGCGCUUUCCCGCGCUGCUCUCGCACGCGUACGGCGCGCUCAAGUGCUGUCGCCUGGAGCGCGUCUUCCAGCAGUAUUACCCGUACUCUGACACGUAGCCGAUGCGCUCGUCCGGAGACCGUGUUGUGCGAUGCCGUGACU